AUGAUUGCGGCGGCAGCGCUCGUUGCUGCAGCAGGAACCGCCUCGGCAGAAGGUGUCGGCAUCAAGAAGAUAGGUCUUGCAGUUCCCAACCUGCAGGCUGACUUCUUCAACCAGAUCAAGCUCGGCGUGGAGGGCUAUGCCGGCAAGCUCGGUAUUGAAGUUAUCGUUGUUGAUGCCAAGAACGAUACCGCCACACAGGUGAGCCAGGUUCAGGAUUUGCUCACGCAAGGAAUUGAUGCGUUCAUCUACAUUCCUGCCGGGGCGGCGGCUGCUGCGGUUCCGACCCGCCUUGCGCGCGCGGAGGGUAUUCCUGUCAUCAACGUUGACCGUGAGCCUGAGGGCGCUCCCGGUGAUACGGUUAUUUAUGGCGAGAACGUUCUGUCCGCGUAUCAGGUUUGCGAUCACAUUAUCGGCCUGGCUGAAGGCAAGGGAAAAAUGGUCGUUAUCCAUGGCCAGAAAGGAACGACUCCCGAAGUUCAGCGUUUCGAGGGCUGCAAGAUGGCCAUCGACGAGAAUCCUGGCGUCGAGCUUGUUGCUCAGCAGUGGAGCCAGCAGUGGUCACCGGACGAGGGCUUUCAGAUUGCCCAGAACAUGUUGCAGGCAAAUCCUGAUAUCAGCAUCAUCUUUGGGCAGGCUGACGGCCUGGCCAUGGGCGCUGCAAAGGCCGUCGAGGUCGCAGGCCUUGCCGAUCAGAUCGUGGUCGGCGGAUAUGACGGCGACGGUGCCGCGCUGGAGUCGCUUGUGGCGUGUGACACCCCGUUCAUCGUGACUGCGACGCAAAGUACACAGGCCAUGGGUGUUCUGGCGGUGAACUCUGCCAUUGCGGUCGCAAAUGACGCGUCGGUGCCUGCACGCCAGAUUCCGAAUGCCGUGCUGACAACAUGCGACGACGCUGCGAAGUUUGUUGAAAAGCACCCUUAA